AUGGAUUGUAUAAACCCAAUCCUUGAUGUUGCCAUCACUGCCACACGUGCAGCUCAUGGCACCGGUCUGCCAGAAACCCUUGAAUAUUUGAGAGACGCCAUGGUGAUCCUGAAGCACAAGGCUAAUGAUGUGAAGGCCGCGGUGGAUUAUGCUGAGGAAAACCGCAAGAUGCGACGGACACAUGAAGUGAGUAACUGGCUCCUCAGUGUAGAAGUCUUGGAAAAGGAAGUGAUGGAGAUACUGCAGAAGGGUGAUCGGGAAAUCCAGCAGAAAUGCCUCGGAACCCGCUUUCCCAAGAAUUACCGGUCAAGCUACAAGAUCGAGAAGAUAGCAAGUGAAACGAUUGGUGUUGUCACUGAACUGAGGCACAGAGGCGAUUUCAGCAUUGUGGUUAUUAGGCUGCCUAGAGCUGAUGUGGAUGAGCGGCCAAUGGAGAAGACUGUGGGCUUGGAUCGGAUGUAUGCAGAGGUUUGCAGAUGCAUCCAAGAUGAAGAACCGGGAAUUAUUGGAUUGUAUGGUAUGGGGGGUACCGGGAAAACUACCCUCAUGACCAAAGUGAAUAAUGAGUUCUUAUGCAUUCAUGACUUUGAAGUAGUCAUCUGGGUUGUAGUAUCCAGGCCAGCAACUGUGGGAAAAGUACAAGAAGUUAUUCGCAACAAGUUAGACAUCCCGGAUGAUAGAUGGGGAAACAGAACUGAGGACGAAAAAGCAGUAGAAAUUUUCAAAAUCUUGAAGGCAAAAAGGUUUGUGAUGCUGCUAGAUGAUGUAUGGGAGCGUCUUGAUCUCAAAAAAGUGGGGAUUCCUUCACCCAAUUCCCAAAACAGGUCCAAAGUAAUAUUAACAACCCGCUCUCGGGAUGUUUGUCGGGAUAUGGAAGCUCAACAAAUCCUUGAGAUGGAGCGUUUGACACAAGAUGAUGCCAUUAAUUUGUUCAUGGAGAAGGUUGGAAAGACUACUCUAAAUUCACAUCCGGAUAUACCCCAACUCGCUGAAAUUGCUGCUAAAGAAUGCCAAGGCUUACCACUUGCACUUGUUACUAUUGGGCGAGCUAUGGCUGGCAAGAACUCUCCACAAGAAUGGGAGCCAGCAAUACGAAUGUUGAAGACUUAUUCAUCAAAGUUUUCAGCUUCCACGGCGGCUCCUUUUGCUUCUUCUCAAUGGAGUUAUGAUGUGUUCCUUAGUUUUAGAGGAGAAGACACCCGCUUUACCUUUGCCGCUCAUCUCUAUGUAGCCUUGCACAGGAGAGGAGUCAACACUUUCUUUGAUGACCACAAAAUUAGGAGAGGCGAAUCCAUAUCUCCAACACUCGUAAAAGCAAUUGAAGGAUCAAGGUCUUCUAUCAUACUUCUCUCUCAAAACUAUGCCGGUUCAAGUUGGUGCUUAGAGGAACUAGUCAAGAUACUGGAAUGCAGGAAAACCAUGGGACAACUGGUUCUGCCCAUUUUCUACAAUGUGGAUCCAUCAGAUGUGCGAAGACACAAAGGGAGCUUUGGAGAGGCCUUGGUUAAGCAUGAAAAUACUUUGAAGCAUGAUAUAGACAAGGUGAAGAAUUGGAGGGAGGCCCUUAGUGAAGUUGCCAAUUUAGCUGGCUGGAAUUCACAGAAUAAGUCUGAGCCUACGUUUCUCAAGGAAAUCGUCAUUGAUGUUUUGAAAAGAGUGUUUGGAUUAUCGGCAGGUGAUGCUAAGGCAAUAGUAAAAGAAGAUUCCCGUAUACAAAACAAGGAAGUGGUACCAGGUCCACACUCAACCACUGUUCACAUUGCAGGACAGUCUGGCAUAAGUGCUAGAGGUAGGAGACCACCCAUUGAAAAUGUUGGGGAAGAAUUAAUUGACUCAGACUCAGACUCAGGAUAUGAUGACGUGGAAUCCAUAUUAACAAAAGUAUGGACAAAUUUAUGA